AUGGCACAAGUGGAGUCUCUGCAGCUCGGAGCUGGCUCUGAUCUCCUGAAAAAGACCCCAGAUCAAACCCAAGAGCAAGCCAUCUCGACCAAGGGCCCCGAAACUAUGCUGGAAAUUCCCAGUUCCGAAAUCACAGAGGGAACUAAUGCGUUGGUUCCUCAUACUACUAAUGCUUCCGAAUGUUCCGUCGAACCUUCCAAAGCAGCUCCGCCAAAUGACAAAAAGCGAGGUCCGCCUGAACCAUCAGAAUCCGUGCCCAGCCCUAAAAAGUCCAAAGAGUCGCCAGCACCGCCAGCACUCAUGGAUGGCCUCAUACCCAAACCUGUCUUUCCAAGCCCCCCAGAUAUGCCAGCGACUGCGUUUGACAAAGAGACGUGGCAAGGUUUCUGCGAAAUCGAAAGCGAGCCCGCAUGUUUCUCCGUCAUCCUCCGCGAAAUGGGCGUGAAAGACGUAACCGUCCGGGAGGUGUUCAGCAUGGACCAAGACUUUAUCCGCGAAAACGUUCCCCAACCAAUCUACGGAUUCAUCCUGCUGUUCCACUACCGCGAGUUCGGCAACGACGACUGGGAAAACGAGGGCUCCAAGAAAGUGUGGUUUGCCAACCAACUACCCGCUCAGAACAGCUGUGCGACUCUUGCCAUGAUCAACAUUCUCAUGAACCAGGGUCCUGAAGUGUGCAUCGGCGAGCACCUGGAGCAGUUCAAGGAAUUCACCAGUGACUUCACGCCGUACCAGCGCGGCGAGGCUUUUGCGAGUUUCGAUUUCGUCAAGAGAAUCCACAAUUCGUUUGCCAAGAAAAUGGACAUCUUGGAAGGCGACAAGCAUCUCAGCUACAAGGUCAAGCGCGCGGAGCGCCUCAAGGCACAAGCGGCUGAGAAAACCAAGCCCAAGAAGAGAGCUACAAAGUCGUCGCGGCGCGCCUCUGUCGACUCGAUCGCUACAGAGGAUAGUGAAGACAGAGUGGAGAAUAACGCACACCACUACAUUGCCUUUGUCCCCGUCGGCAACGAAGUCUGGAAGCUGGAUGGCUUUGACAAGUACCCGACAUGCAUGGGGUCCUUUGAUCCCGAGAGCGGAGAAACAUGGUUGGAGUCUGUAUCCACAACCAUUGCCACCCUUAUGGCAGCCGGCGACGACGACUACGGCGUCAUAGCACUAACGCAGUCGCCUCUACUCUCUCUCCGCAAGAGCGCCAGCCUAACCCUCAACACUCUCACACACGUCGAAUCCCGCCUCACGCAGCUCUCCUCCCACACCUCUGAAAACUGGCGAGACUUUGUCAGCGCAGACGACCAGCCACCCACCUCCUCCAUGCUCGGUCUCGACCAGCACCAGCACCUCACCGCAAACCCGGUCCCCACCCCCCUCCAACAAGCAAUCGACUCCGAAACAGACAUUCAGCAACUCCUCACCCGCCGCCAGCAGCUCCUCGCCGAAGCCCACUCCACCGCCGCCACCAUCCUGCUCGAGAUGCAAAGCGACGCAGAAGAAGACACCAAGGCGAAACAGCGCCGCUACGACUCCGGCCCCGUCAUCAAAAAGUGGCUCGAGAUGCUAGCUGAAAACGGGUUUUUGGAACAACAUCUCGAGCGCUUUAUGCCGUGCAAGACGUCUAGUUCUAAUAGUCAUGCUAGUAGGAAGAAGUAA